UUUUUAUCUAAAUUAGUUUAUCUUCAUAACUCAGCCAGUUACUGUAUAUAGGGGUUCCAAUCUUCAAGGUUGUCAUGUGCGAUUAUAUAUACUGUUUACUGAAUGUAAACAUGACAAAGUGUUUAGCUAAAUAGCUAGCUGUUUUGCUAAGUCUUUAUGGUAAUUAUUCAGGAGUGUAACUAGGAAGCAGUCUAUCUAGGCUAGUCUGUAGGCGAAAGAAGACACCGCUAAAUAUAUGGGCGUUUCACUCUUUAGACCCGAUCAAGUUCUACGGAAAGAGUUGUCUGCUAGAGCCUGUAGCUAACUACCUGUCAGGAGUAGCUAAAGCGGUGGCGCCUGCGAAUGUUCUGUUUUUGUCUGAAACGGGCCGUGGAUAAUUAGCUUUGUGUUUUUGUUUGUUAAAAAUAGAGGUUUAUCCACGAGAAUUAAAGGCAACAAAGGAAGAACCAAUCCGAAUAACUGAAAUGUCAGGUGACGUUCACUCCACUCUGCUGACAGUGAUUCAUAGCUAGCUGGAUAGCUUCAGUAGGUAGCUAGCGCUUCGGAGAUUGGUGUUGUGACUGGCUAACUUCAGUUAGCUCGCUAUUGAAACAGCAGAAAAUGUUUCCGGGGGACAACCCACACGUUCUCCUUGGACGGAUUCGGUUUCUGAACAAGUGCAUAGAAUGUUUCAGGAACGGUGAAGCCGUACCCGAGUGUCUAUGUUACGUGCCGAAAGAGGUUUGUUAUAAAAUCUGCAAAGAUUCGUCAUCAAAUUCCACCGCUUCGUCUAGUACAUCCGCCGCUAACUCAUCUGUUGGGAAGACUCUAGUUUCAGUGUGGGAGAGCCCGCACCAGUCUCUCCCCAGCAAAAAGCUAUGCAAGUGCAACAUCGAACCAAAGAAAGGGACAUGCAUCCGAACUACCGGGGAGGAGUACUGCAACAGUCACGGCCUGUGGGUCAAAAUCAGCAAGGAUCAGUUGGAGGAGUACCGUGUCGGCCAGGAGAGCGAGGAGGGUUGGGUCCUGGUGUGUAAACACACGGAAGGGGGAGACCGACUCGUCCCUGUAGAAUCACCCGACACCCUCAGCAGACAUCAGCAGCUCUUCGGAUAUGACAGCAAGCCCUGCGACAGGUGGGAGCAGGUGGUAGAUGUUGAAAGUACUCUGCACAUCGGCUCUAAACCCAAGAUAGCAGAAUGUGACCCAGCGGCCGUCCAGAAGCUUAGAUAUGUCCCCCCCACCUGGACCUUUGAAUGUGAUGAGGAUCUGGUCCACUACUUCUACGACCACAUAGGGAAGGAGGAUGAGAACCUGGGCAGUGUGAAGCAGUGUGUCACCAGCAUCGACGUGUCCUCCUGCUCAGAGGAUCCCAGUGGUGGAGCCGGCUGUCUUACUGAUGGCGAUACGGAGACGUAUUGGGAGAGUGAUGGCAUGCAGGGUCAACACUGGAUACGUCUGCACAUGAAGAGAGGAACCGUGGUCAAUAAGCUGAUCCUGACGGUGGACUCUACUGAUGACAACUACAUGCCGAAGAGAGUGACCGUCUUCGGGGGAGAAGGAGACAACCUGAAGAAACUCAGCGAUGUCACCAUAGAUGACAAUCUGAUUGGGGAGGUGUGUGUCCUGGAAGACAUGACAUCCCACCUACCCGUGAUCGAGGUCCGCAUCGAGGAGUGCAGGGGUGAGAAUGACGAGGGGAUCGACGUGCGAAUCAGGGGGCUGAAGAUCAAAUCAUCAUGUGAGAGAGACCUGGGCCUCAACGCUGACGUCUUCCAGUCUCCUAACCUGGUCCGCUACCCUCGUCUGGAGGGAACCCCGCCUGAUGUCCUGUACCGCAGGGCUCUGGUUAUACAGAGGUUCAUUUCUCUGCUGGAUAGUCUCCUUCCCCACCUCGUACCUGCCUGGGACUACAGCCUGGCAACCUUUAACCACAUCAAGAGGAUCAAGCCGUUCCUCCUUCUUUCGAAGCGGCGCUCUGCCCUGAUCACACAGUGUCUGAAGGACUCGGAGACCGCCAAGCCCAACUUUAUGCCCAGGCUCUACAUCAACCGCAGGUUGGCCAUGGAGCACAGAGACAACCCUUCCCUUGACCCUGCCGCCAAGAACGCCGUCUUCACACAGGUGUACGAGGGCCUGAAACCGUCCGAUAAGUUUGAGAAGAUCUUAGAUUACAGAUGGCCGGCCCGAUACGACCAGUGGUGGGAGUGUAAGUUCAUCGCUGAGGGCAUCAUCGACCAGGGAGGAGGUUUCCGGGACAGCCUGGCUGACAUGUCUGAAGAGCUCUGCCCCAGUUCAGCUGAAUGUCCCCUGCCUCUCCCCUUCUUCACCAGGACCUCUAACCAGGGAACAGGGGAGGCCAGGGACUAUUAUGUCCCCAACCCAUCCUGCAGAGACUUCCAGAAGUUUGAGUGGAUUGGACAGCUGAUGGGAGCUGCUCUGAGAGGGAAGGACUUCCUGGUGCUGGCUCUUCCUGGUCUGGUGUGGAAACAGUUGACAGGGGAAGCCGUGAGCUGGGCCAAAGAUUUCCCGGCUGUAGACUCCGUCCUGGUGAAGCUCCUGGAGGCCAUGGAGGUGAUGGACCAGGAAACGUUUGAGUUUAAGUUUGGUGAGGAGCUGGUCUACACCACCAUGCUGAGUGACAGCCAGCUGGUGGAGCUGAUACCAGGGGGCAGCCACCAGGUGGUCCACUACCAUCACCGCAUGGACUUCAUUCACCUGGUACAGAAGGCGCGGCUGGAGGAGAGCCAGCAACAGAUUGCCGCCAUGCAGGCGGGGCUUCUGAAGGUGGUGCCCCAGGCGGUGCUGGAUCUGUUGACCUGGCAGGAGGUGGAGAAGAAAGUCUGUGGAGACCCUGAGAUCUCUGUGGAAGCCCUGAAACGACUCACUCGGUAUGAAGACCUGGAACAGACAGACAUCAGAGUACAGUACCUCUGGGAGGCCCUGAUGAACUUCACUAAUGAGGAUCGCAGUCGCUUCCUGAGAUUUGUGACGGGGAGGAGUCGACUUCCUGCUCCAAUCUACAUAUUCCCAGACAAACAAGGGUCCGAGACCACAGAUGCAUUGCCACAGUCCUCCACCUGCUCCAGUACCCUUUAUCUACCCAACUACCGCAGUGCAAAGGUCUGUGAGGAGAAGCUGCGCUAUGCCGCGUACAACUGUGUUGCCAUAGACACAGACAUGAGUCCCUGGGAGGAGUAGCCACGCCCCUGGACACACCCCUGGACACGCCCCAGCCCGGCCCUCUACAGCAGUUUCUGUGCCCACAGCCCACUUUUUUUUAUGCUGCAUUCAUAACACUUGGGGAACACUUGUGCUGUGUGCAUUCAUUGAGAACCACCCUCACAAGCUGCAGCCUGUUACCAUGACACCGUAUCCACACAUCGCCAAGCCCGCUGUACAUAAUAAAAUGAAUUUAAUUAACACGA